AUGUCUGAUGCGCGCGUGAAGAAUGCGGCUUCGGCGGAGAGCAUGGAGAACAUGGUGAAGUCAUGCCAGAAAGAGAUACUAGCCCUGAAGGUUUAUUCGUCCGACGUGGACGACGUGGUCGCCAACGGCAUGGGUUUCUUGGGCGGUUGCAUCCAAAUCUCGCAUCGGACCUCUGAGCCUGAACUGCGAGACGCGGUCAUCCAUGAGCUCGGCAUGCCGAGGUCUAUCCACAAGGCGUGCAACGCGAAGCCACCGAUGGGCAUCCCGCUGAGCAAGAAGUCCUUGAAGCAGCGCGCCAGCGACUCCAUCGACGGCGACGAGAAGAAGAAUGACGAGAAUCUCGAGAUCUGCACCGUCGACUACGAGCGCAUGCUCCUGAUAGGACAGAACGGCGCGACGACCACGGAGUGCAAGUUGGCGCCGGGGCCCGACGGCAUGCGCACGGCCAAAGUGCACGGCGACGACAAGGAGACCAAGGUGCCGAAUGCCAUGUGCGAGGCGUGGUCCAAGAGGAAGCCGAAGGGUAAGGGCGCGCCGCUCAAGAUACCCGCCGCUGCCGCGAAGAAGCCCGCAGGGGCUUGGGGCGAGGAGGAGCGCGCCCCCAGCGCCGAGGAAGAAGAGGGCGAGGGGGGGGGGGGGAGGCUCGAGCCCGACGAAGUCGAGGCGGACGACGAGGAGGCGCCCGCGGCCAAGAAGGCGCGGCCCGCUGCAGCGGCGGCCUCCGAGCGGAACUGCACCGCGACGCG